CCGGCCCGGGGAGGAGGUGGCGGCGGAGCUGCCCGGGGCGGGAGGAGGAGCCGCUGCCGCCGCCACCGAGGGCUGCUCUCUCUCGCCGCUGCCGCCGCCGCGCCGCCGGGAGGGGCGGCCGCCCCCCGCCCCGCCAUGCCGCUCUUCGCCACCAACCCCUUCGACCAGGAUGUGGAGAAAGCAACCAGUGAGAUGAACACUGCAGAGGACUGGGGCCUCAUCUUAGAUAUCUGUGAUAAAGUUGGACAGUCACGCACAGGGCCUAAGGACUGCCUCCGCUCUAUAAUGAAGAGAGUGAACCAUAAAGAUCCGCACGUUGCUAUGCAAGCAUUAACACUUCUAGGAGCAUGUGUAUCAAACUGUGGCAAAAUCUUUCAUUUAGAAGUCUGUUCAAGAGAUUUUGCCAGUGAAGUAAGCAAUGUGUUGAAUAAGGGUCAUCCAAAAGUUUGUGAAAAGCUGAAAGCCCUUAUGGUGGAAUGGACUGAUGAAUUCAAGAAUGACCCACAGCUUAGUUUAAUAUCUGCCAUGAUAAAAAAUCUUAAGGAGCAAGGAGUUACUUUCCCAGCUAUUGGCUCACAGGCUGCUGAACAGGCAAAAGCAAGUCCAGCUCUAGUUGCCAAAGAUCCUGGUACAGUAGCCACCAAAAAGGAAGAGGAGGAUUUAGCUAAAGCUAUUGAGCUGUCACUAAAAGAACAAAGGCAACAGCAGACAGCACUUUCCAGUUUGUAUCCAAGCACCUCAAGCCUUUUAACAAACCACAAACAUGAGGGCCGAAAAGUUCGUGCAAUCUACGAUUUUGAGGCUGCUGAAGAUAAUGAACUAACUUUUAAAGCUGGAGAACUUAUAACUAUACUUGAUGACAGUGAUCCAAAUUGGUGGAAAGGUGAAACUCAUCAGGGUAUAGGAUUGUUUCCAUCUAAUUUUGUAACAGCUGAUCUUUCUGCUGAGCCUGAAAUGAUGAAAGCAGAGAAGAAAACAGUGCAGUUCAGUGAUGAAGUUCAAGUAGAGACAAUAGAACCUGAGCCAGAACCAGUUUAUAUUGAUGAAGAUAAAAUGGACCAACUCUUGCAGAUGUUGCAAAGUGCUGAUCCAUCUGAUGACCAGCCAGACCUCCCAGAACUGCUUCAUCUUGAGGCAAUGUGCCACCAGAUGGGACCUCUCAUAGAUGAAAAAUUGGAGGAUAUAGACAGGAAACAUUCAGAACUGUCAGAGCUCAAUGUGAAAGCGAUGGAGGCUCUUUCUUUGUAUAACAAAUUGAUGAAUGAGGACCCAAUGUAUUCCAUGUAUGCAAAACUACAAAACCAGCAGUAUUACAUGCAGUCAUCUGGUGUUUCUGGCUCUCAGGUUUAUCCAGGGCAAACUCAAGGUAAUGCGUAUUUGGUGGCAGGGAGUGCACAGAUGGGCCCCAUUCAAGGUUACAAUCUUCCUCCAGAACAGCUCCCUUCUCUCAGCCAAGGCACAGUUACUCCAUCUGCCAGCUCAGUAAUUCCUGGUCAGCCUGCACAGACGUCUUACACAAAUGCAAUGGUUGGUUCUGUUGCUGGAAGUACCUUCUCUAACCAGCCUUCAGUGUAUAGUCCACCACCUGGUACUGUUGAUGUUGCUGCUUAUCAGAAUGCUGGAACUAAUAUGUCCCAGGUGCCAAACUAUAACUUAGCAUCUACAGCUCUGCCACAGACAGCAGGCAGUCAGCAAGCACCUCCACAACAACCACAGCCUCCACCACCUCAACAAGCACAGCACAGUUACUCACAGAAGGCUCUGCUAUAGGAUCCAGGACUUGUGAUUCCUAAUCUUCUUUAACCUCUGCUAAAGGCGGUUGGCGAUUCUAUGAGUUCCUUCAUUUAAUCUCUUAAACUUUGUUUAUCCUCAGCUUAAUAAGAAUCUCUCUUGGUGAACAAGUUCAAUUUGCACUGACUUUUUAGGAUUUUUUUUUUAAUUUUGCGGAAGAACUGAUAUAUUUAGGAAAUUUAAUUCCUUUUAAAAUGCCUAAAAUUGGUACAAGAUUAUUUAUGUAUGGUUAAAUUGGCUAGUUUGUGAAAACUCAACCAUUGCAAACUGUUGUGGCAUAUAUGUUAUGUACAUAUAGUGUGUGAUUGCAGUAGUGCCCAUUUCGUAUAACUAUGGUGGUCAUGUGAAUAUAUUUAACACAAUGUUUAAAAAUAAUUUGCUUUACUAUUUUAUUUUAAUCAUGAACUGACAACCAUAUUUUAUAGUUUUGUCUGGUUUUAAGACAGAUGCAAUGUCUUUUUCCAGUGCAGGAAAAACAGUAAUUCUGCAUAUCAUGGUUACAAUUACAAACUAAAGUCUAUAUAUGAAUUUAUAAACUUAUCUAAGUUUCACUACUUCUUAAAUUGAACACAAGUGUAUCAUGACUAUUAGAUAGCUUAUCUACCAAAGUAAACUUGUUAACUAGUAAAUAAGUUGGGGGGAUAACAGCAAAUUAUGAUUCUGCUUCGGACAUAAUUACUAACUUAAAACUGCUAUUCAGAGGCUGCUAAACAUGUCAUGGGACCAUAAAACAGAACAGCAUUUUAUCAUGAGAAGCAUGUAAUUUAUUUUUGAGUUGUUUUUUAAAAUGAGAACCAGAACUGUAUUCUAUGUGUGUUGGUAGAGAUUACACCAAAGAAAGACAGAGGAAUUGAUUUGAAAGAGAAACAAUGGAGUUUUAAACUGGAACACACAAUGUGAAUUACACUAUUUUAUUCAAGUCUUCUUAAUUAGAACAUGGAGAAUUACGGACAUGUAAAUCACUUUGCUGAACAAACCUUCAGGGCUUCAUUAUAUCUCUUGUGGCCUUGCUUAACAAUUUGUUCUGUUUACUGUUCUAACACAAACACUUCUGCCUUAAAUGUCUGUUUCAAUUUCCAGUUGUACCAUUUGAGUUUAUUAACCCUUCUAUAAUUUGAAUAGUUCAUGAGGCAUCUCAUCUAAAUCCACUUUUAGGUUACUUUAAAUUCUCUUCUGCAGCAACAUGUAUUAGCCUGUUUUAAAUCCUUGUGUUCCUCAGUAAUUUAGCCACAUGGCUUUGCAAAGCAUGGUAUUUUCUUUCUGUAGAUGAGGUGCUGCAAAAGAAAUGUGGUAAUGGAAGGCAGCAUUUCAGGUGUGCUUGAGCAGAGUUUCUUGUACAAAGAUUGUUGUUACUUUGUGUUUGUAUUCCAUCUUGUAAUGCAUCCUUUUUCAUCUUUUCCAGCAGCUCUAAUUUCCACUAAUUUCAAUACCAGAUCUGGUUUUAGUCCUGUGUGUAUGUCAGAAGUUGUUUGUUGUGUGUACUAUAUUUUAGUGUGAUGCUUCUGGAAUUAAAUGUUGCAAUUGUACAUUGUACUAUAAAAUGAGCUCUGUUAUCCCAUUUACUCCUGCAUCUAUUCACAGUUACCUAACAUGCCUUUGUUUCACUAUUUUAAUUGACAUCAGUGUUUUGCCAGAUACUUUCCGAUGACUGCUUUGCAUAACUUCUGAUUGGGGUGGUUACAAAACGUGCCCAUGGUUGAUCUAUUCCAGUUGGAGAUGUUCUAGCCAGCUGCUUGAUCUAAUGCUAGAAUUUUCACGUAUUUGUUUUCUCUAAAAUUUUUAACCAUCCUUGCAAACUGUCAUUAAUUAUUUCAGUACUUGGUGUCAUCACAAAAGGCUGUGAAAUUUGAAAGGAAAUACUAAAGAAAAAAGUAAUAACCUGACAUACUGUGUCAUGGAUGACUUUUUAUGGAUUGAAGAAGUGAUGUCUUUAGAAAGAACUUGUAGUAUAAUUUAGAUAGUGUUCUCUGUGUGCAUUAGGUAUCUUGUUCUAAAAUCAGAUAGUCAAUGUAUAGAAAUGUAUAAUUUAUACACAAAAGUGAAAAUAAUGUUUUUAUUCCAUUGUUCUUAGUCCCUGAUUCAAGGAGAAGCUUGAAGCAUCAAGUUAGUCUUUAUGAUAUUAACAGUUGUAUUCUUAGGUUUUCAUAUGUUGUGUCACAUGUUCCCUAAUAAGGGUAUGUGGGACUUCCAUACCGAAAUGACCCAGAAAAAAUACAUUUUGUUUGUAAUUUGUCAUUGUUUUAAAAACUUUUGGAGUUUUUUCUUGAUUUGCAGAAAUGCUGGAUCCUGGUUUCUCAUUUGAACACUGAACCAUUAUGUGCAUCACAGUUUUUCUGCUCUCCAAUUUGCUUAUUUUGGUCAUUCAUCCACUUUUAUGAAAAUUAAAAUCACCUUUCAUGCUCAUAAUGACAAAAAAACCCACUUGCUAAAAUUCAGUGCCCCUUUAAAUUCAAUAUAAUGAAAGUUGUGAAAAAAAGAUAGACAUUUUCUAUUUUCCUUCAUACUUUAAUAAAAGUCACUGCUGUAAGGUAUCUCCCGUAGCAGGCUGGGAAUUUUAGCUGACUUUGAAUCAGAGUUCAUUGUCUAUAACUGGUGGAGGACGUCACUAAAAUUUUACGUUCUGAGUCUUAGUGUUUCUGUUGCUACCUACAUUUUCCAUUUCACAUGCAAUUUUUGGAUUAAAUUGAAUUUGGAGCUGUAUUACUUCAUGUUGAUUUUUUAAAUCAGAAAAUGUCUUUCUGCUUGGUUGUGCCCUGUAUGCUUGAUACUCUGAAGUGAUGCCUUCUGCUUUGCUAGAUGCUGUCACUUCAUGAAUUCCUGCAGUCAUCCUCUCAUAUUCUCUCUUACAGCUCAGAAAUGAACUUCAGUUCACCUCCUCUCUGCUGGUUUGUUAUCAUGAACCUGGAGAUGCCAUUACUGGUGCUUCACUGCCAUGAUUUAUUCUCAGAUUCCUUCUUCAUGCAUUGUUUUGACCAAGUUCACUUCUGUUCUACCUUAUUAUGGUGUUGAACCCUGAAAUGUUAGUGAGCAGGGGAAAGCACACAUACAGCUACUGUGUGGAAAAGCUUUUUAGCAAUUAAAUAAAGUGUCAGAAUGUAAACUGUUUGAAAGUAAGGAAUCGUUGGAAAUGUUAUUCAUGUUCCAAUAGAGGACCUGAUUUUUGAAUGUCUUGUUUCUUUACAAGUAAAUUGUCAGUUAAAGGCUAAAAUGUCUUCCAGAUAGUUUGUAUAACCCUUUUUUACUUAACCCUUUCAUUAAGGAAUACAGAAAUGCUAAUUAACUUCAGAAGGGGCAUUUCAGUGUCUUGGUUGGCAUGAAUUGGAGCAAACUCUGGAAACUGCCUUCUGUGCAUUUCACUUCUAUGAGUAAAAUUUUUAGCCAUGUGUAUCAUCUCAAUUUAUGUGGGCACAACAAAGGUGUCAAGAUUUACUGUAAAACCUCCCAGGAAAAAUACUCGGGUACUAUGUUAAAAUUUUCUGUAUUGACAUCAUGGCAGUGUGUUCCAGAGUGUGCAGUCACAAUAUAUUUGCCCAACUCUGUUUAGUAAUUGGUGCUGUGUAGAUGUGUCUGUAAUGUCAUUGGCCAAAGCACAUAGUAGUAAAAAAGGAGCAAAAUGUAAGAAUUCCUGCAUGUUUCAACAGGUGGGGAGCAGCAUACUGCCCUCAUGUCACAGUAUUUAUGUCAAAAUACUGUUCAUGAAUUUUGAGGCAGGGAGAACUAAAUAAAUCUGAGCUUCAGAAAAUUCUGUCAGAUUGCAAAUAGUUACAUGAAUGAGAUGGAUUUGUUUUUAAUAGCAUAUACAUAUUUUGCUGAUCAACUCUAGGCUGCUACUAUAGUUCUCUGAUUUCCCCUAGAUGGCAGGAGCAUCAGAUUUACACUGGAGAACUGCUUAAUACCUCAUUCUCCAAUUUUUUUAGUAUUUUCUCUAAUAUCACUUUAUUUUUCACUCAUAUUUCAAAGAUAUCUGUGCAGUCUUUAUAUACAAAGGUCUUGUCUUAUUCCUUCUCUGCUGGGAUUCACAGAAUGAAAAAGGCAUCUCUAGUUAGAGCAGCUACACUGGCACUUUGAAUUACACAACUGCACCUUCCUUUGGAGAGCAUGUAUGUAUCUGUUUUGAAGAACAAGGGAGCAUAAUUUUUCCAGUUAAGAACUGGAAGAGUUAUUUUUAAAGAUCAAGGUAGAAUAAAAGUUACAAAAACCUUCAUUGCCAACAGCAGGCAGAAUCAUUUUUUACUCUUGUUAUUCAACCUUAGUAAAGCUGAUCAACUCCACACUACAGCUGCUCCUUUCUCAUUUUCAGCUGCAGUGAAGAAUAUUGACUUUCAUACGUACACUGUCCAACACCAUAGGAAAACAUGGAGAAAGCCUUGACAUUUGAACUUUUGCUUCAGUAUGUAAAAAACACUACGUACAUUUUUGAAGCCUUGUUUCUUAAAUUAGGAUGGUUGUGUUUAAAAACAUUCCAUUUGCUACUAUGUAAAUUGCAGAUCUGAAAUUCCCUUUUCAUGCUGCUUCCUUGGCAGAAAGGUGGUAGCAGUUUUUGUUCUAUCCUGCAUGUUCUUCUGGAAUCCAAAUAUUUUUUUGUCUGUGUCAUGAAAAAUAAAAACCUGCUGCAGUCUGCUUUGGUUUUAAUAAAGUGUACACAGUAGCAAAGUGCAUUUUGUUUGGCUUUGUUUGUUUUGAUGCUCCCUUUGAUGUUGGCAUAUGUAUAUAUUUAGAUAUACUGCACUGUUGUACAAGAAUUGUUUUAGUAAAUAACACUAUUUGUAAAAACUGUUAAUUGUUUUUUGGUAUGAAUGCAAAAUAUUAAAGUUGGAGUAUUUAGUUCA